GUUGUAACGAGAGCACAGCACUGUGGGCUUUGUUUGGCUCUGGACUWCCAGGGGCUCUGGCUGMUGAGUGAGCUCUGCUCUAUGCCAGGACACGACAGACAGAUGAAACUGGAAAGUGAAUGUAGAAGGUGAGAGAAGAAACCAAGGAGGUUGAAGGUUGUCUGGGUUUYUGGAYGURAACGUAGUGGGAGAAGGAGCGAUGAGCCAACCACUGUGAGGAGGAACGAGGAAGAAGAGGCACGUCGCGACGUAGAAGUGACAGGGCUGAUGUCAGGCUCAGACAGCCACAGGAAGAGCUCCAGGAGGCAUGGUAGCAGGAAGAGGGAGUCUGGGUCCACCUCUGUCUCCGGGGCUGCAGAGGCUGCGGUUGCAGCACCAGAGAUGCCCAUAGGGAUCCCUGACGUGAAGGAGUUUCUUGCCAAAGCCAAAGAGGAUUUCCUCAAGAAAUGGGAGAAUCCAGCACAGAACACUGCGGCCUUGGAUGGCUUUGACCGUCUGAAGACCCUGGGCACGGGCUCGUUUGGUCGAGUCAUGCUGGUCAAGCACAAAGAGUCGGGYCAGCAUUUUGCCAUGAAGAUACUUGACAAACAGAAGGUGGUGAAGCUGAAGCAGAUAGAACACACGCUGAAUGAGAAACGCAUCCUUCAGGCCGUCAGCUUCCCCUUCCUGGUGCGGUUGGAGCACUCUUUCAAGGACAACACUAACCUGUAUAUGGUGAUGGAGUAUGUCCCUGGUGGUGAGAUGUUCUCACAUUUAAGGAGAAUUGGCAGGUUCAGUGAGCCCCACGCCCGCUUCUACGCCGCCCAAAUUGUUCUGACCUUUGAAUACCUUCACUCACUGGACCUUAUCUACCGAGACCUGAAACCAGAGAACCUGCUCAUUGACAACCAGGGAUACAUACAGGUAACAGAUUUUGGUUUUGCAAAGCGAGUGAAGGGCCGGACCUGGACRCUGUGUGGCACUCCGGAGUACCUGGCCCCCGAAAUCAUCCUUAGCAAAGGUUAUAAUAAGGCGGUGGACUGGUGGGCUCUGGGCGUGCUGAUUUAUGAGAUGGCUGCUGGCUAUCCUCCCUUCUUCGCUGACCAGCCCAUUCAGAUCUAUGAGAAGAUUGUAUCAGGGAAGGUGCGMUUUCCCUCCCACUUCAGCUCGGACCUGAAGGACCUGCUGAGGAACCUGCUCCAGGUGGACCUGACCAAGCGCUUCGGCAACCUGCGCAACGGAGUCAACGACAUCAAGGGCCACAAGUGGUUCGCCACCACUGACUGGAUUGCCAUUUACCAGAGGAAGGUGGAGGCACCGUUUAUUCCCAAGUGCAAAGGCCCCGGUGACACCAGCAACUUUGACGACUAUGAGGAAGAGGAAAUCCGAGUCUCCUUCACAGAGAAAUGUGGCAAGGAGUUUGCUGAGUUCUAGGCCCAACCAGGAGUAGCUGAAAGAGCCAGGGAUGUAGAGAGAAAAGGCGGGAACAGAAGGAAAUGGGAGGAGAGGUGAUAAGCUGGACUGCUAACUUGCAUUUUGUAAUUACGACAUCAACAAUGUAACAACCCCACCCCCCAAAUGAAGAGCGAGUGAAAAAGAACGAGAGAAAAGACCUGAAAGAGCCAGCAGUGUUGCCUUUUCUGAUUGUUUCUCACCUUGUUACUUAUCCAUGUCCUGUUUUCCCUCUUGUGUUUAUGGCAGGGUAGAAGGGGCAGGGGCUAACCACCUCUUCAGUUGGUUUGUAUCUUGGCAGAGGUGUAGUGACACAUUUUGAGUCAUUGCAGGCAGGUUGAGGCAUCGCUGUUCUGGUACUGAAUCUAGGCUCCUCCUGAGUGGGUCCUCUCUACAAGCUUCUCAAUGAAUGAGGGCAUCUCAUUGUUGUUUUGUAAUUGUCAACCCACUCCUAUCUUGUUACCCCAAUCUCCCCCCUCUGUCUCUCCAUCCUGACUCUGUCCAAGCAAUACCAAGUCCAACAGACGUGCCUAUCAUAAUGCCAACUGGUUGCAAAACCGUGUCGAAAGCAUUGGUGCAGAGCUUUGGCUAUUGGUGGCAUCAGCCCUUGUGCCCUUUCUAGUUGAAAGCUUGACACUCUCUGCACACGCCUUCUGUCCGCUCGUUGUGGCAUGAUUAUUGGUUUCAGAGGAUUCUCUCAUCGCUUGCAGUUCAAGCAGUGCUGACCACUUUUUGAUCAGAGAAACAAUGAUUUAUCUCUUUUCAUUUAGGUCUUACUACCUUUUUUUUCGGGACCUGUGAAAUUGUGUACAUGAGCAUUUCUAAUGUUAAUUAAGUCUGUCUUUUCCUCUUCAACUGAAUUUAUUAGAGCAUUUUAAAACCCUUUGAGGAUCAUUGUGUCCAAGUCAAUCUGUGCUUGUGUGUUAGUAUUGAAGGGUGGGUUAAAAAGCAGUGACUAACAUAAUGAUCACACACUCUUCUCUGACUAGUGUUUAUUUAAUUCAUAGCACAUUUAUACAUGUAUGUUGAUAUAUUAUAGAAAAACGUGAAUAUCCAUCUUUUUUUCCAAAGUUGUCUCUUAGCUGUGAAACCGAAAUGAAGAUUUCAGAAAUAAACAAACAAGUAUGAAUUCUGCCAAAUUCGCAAAAGUAAGGACAUUGCUUACGCAAACAUAUUUGUCAGUUAACUAUGAAGGUGGUGGUUUUUAAUGCGCAGGAAAAAGUAGCAAAAUGAUGCAUGUUAUUUUUGUACAAUAUCACUUUUAAAAGAAAAGAUGUGAAAGGACGUAAAGCUCUGGUCGUGGUGAGGUAUCUGAAAUUGUUCAAACUGACUCUCACCUGCCCCUUUUGUAGGAUGGAUCAAGGCCCGCUUUUUAUCUGCCCCGAAAUCAUGUUGUCAUUUCGUUCAGUUAGAUGUGAACGGUUAAUGUUGAUUUAAUCAUGUUAAUUCACCAGCUCUGUUCAACCUGCUGCUGGCCUGUUUACUCCUACAUCCCCUGAAAUCAUCAUCUUCAAAUGGACACUCACAAUGUAUGACUGUUGGAAGUCAGGAUGUAAAUUUGUCAAAUUAUUUUCCAUUUUCUCAUGAGAAAAAAUGUAUAACAAUCUGAUUCAUAGAUUUUGAAAAGCUAUUCUGUGAUUAUUUUAUUUGCAAUGUCAUAUUUUUGGAUGCAAGACAAUCGCAGCCCAAAUCUCACCAAUGGCUGGUUUGUAGACAGGUGUGAUGACGCAACACAUUGACAUGGUUUAGUUGAUUUUCAACAAGGCUUUGUUUUCCCACAAGCUUUUAUUUAGGGUAAUAAGGUUAUAUUAAUUUCCUAUGUAAACACUAAAUGUUGAGUGAUUCGGACCCCCACCAGCCUUCAUUAGGCACCACACCUUGUGCACCUCUUGCAAAUGCAUUUCUUGUGUUUAAUAAUAUACAGUAUUUAUCCUUCAAUCAGUUU